AUGCAGUCAUUAAAAGGACUUAGGCCGCAGAUCUCGCGCGCAAAUCCACUCAUACACCACAGCUUCUCCCGCUGGACACGAUCCAGUCAUUAUCUAACCUCCGACACUCAGCCCUCAUACCGAACUCGACUUUCGCCUCUGUCGCCAAUCAAAGAAAUCCUCUACUCCGAUGUCCACUCGUUGCUGGAACUCAAGAUGGUCACAAUCGACAUCGAAUCUGUACGCUACGUUCAGGAUUUCAUCGGACCCAAAUACGAGCUUCCUGAGGCUGUGAUCAGAGAGCUUCUGUGCAUUUCACAUACGCUUACACCUAGCGCUCAAAGAAAGGGCACGCCGUUUCAGACACAAAAGACCCACAUUGAAGACACACUGGGAUACGGAGCUAUCAACUCGCGUGUUCUUUUGGGCCAACAUGCAUACAAAUUUGCUGUUUUCAGCUACCUGACAAAGGUACCCAGUUGGAGUCGAAAGAAGGCCAACCUGAUGAACUUUGACAUUUGUCGAAGCGGCCUGGCUGACCGACUUACUCGUGACGAGACCCUGGUGCUUGCGUUUGUCAAGAACACGAAACUCAUCAAGUCGCUAUACGUGCCUCUUCCGGAAGAAAAUGCCAACAAGAGACAGGCGUUUAGGAAAAUGCAUGAUACUCACUAUGCCACCAAGAUGCUGUUUGCGCUAAUUGCAAGUAUCCAUAUUGAGCAUGGUGGGGUGAAGGCCGAGGAGUUUGUUCAUGAAGUGAUUUUGGAGGGCUACAUGACUUCUGGUUUAAUGACUUUGGUUUAA